UCUUAUAUUGACGUUUCGAUUUCGAUUCGACGUUUCAUUUUGGGGGCGGGUAUCGCCACUUUACUGUUCUAGCGAAUUUUAGGAAAAAUGAGAUAAUUUAGCAUUUUAUGUUAGUUCGAGUAUAUUAAAUUAUUUCAUUAAACUAAUGUUACUAUCUACAGUACCGUAGGUUUCUAUCAAGAUGAUUGGGGGCCUGUUCGUGUACAACCACAAGGGCGAAGUCCUGAUCUCACGGGUGUACCGUGAUGAUAUUGGGCGGAAUGCCGUGGACGCGUUCAGAGUGAACGUGAUCCAUGCGAGGCAGCAAGUGCGCUCGCCCGUCACUAACAUCGCUAGGACUUCCUUCUUUCAUAUUAAGAGAGCCAAUAUCUGGCUGGCAGCUGUGACCAAGCAGAAUGUGAAUGCUGCUAUGGUGUUUGAAUUCCUGCUGAAGAUCAUCGAUGUGAUGCAAUCAUACUUCGGCAAGAUCUCCGAGGAGAACAUCAAGAACAACUUCGUGCUCAUCUACGAGUUGUUGGAUGAAAUCUUGGACUUUGGUUACCCUCAGAACUCGGACACAGGAGUCCUGAAGACAUUCAUUACCCAGCAGGGUAUCAAAUCUGCAUCCAAAGAAGAACAGGCUCAAAUCACUUCACAGGUGACUGGCCAAAUCGGAUGGCGUCGUGAGGGCAUCAAAUACAGACGCAAUGAGCUCUUCCUUGAUGUACUGGAGUAUGUCAACCUCCUCAUGUCUCCUCAAGGCCAAGUGCUAUCAGCUCAUGUGGCCGGCAAGGUGGUAAUGAAGUCUUAUCUCUCUGGCAUGCCAGAAUGCAAGUUUGGUAUCAAUGACAAGAUCGUCAUGGAAGCCAAGGGGAAAGGGAAUGGAGGCAUCUCCGGUAACACGGACAGUGACCCAGCUCGCUCCGGCAAGCCAGUGGUUGUGAUCGACGACUGCCAGUUCCACCAGUGUGUGAAGCUCAGCAAGUUUGAGACGGAGCACUCCAUCUCUUUCAUACCGCCUGAUGGCGAGUUUGAGCUUAUGAGAUACCGUACAACCAAGGACAUAUCUCUGCCGUUCCGUGUGAUUCCCUUAGUCCGUGAAGUUGGACGUACCAAGAUGGAGGUGAAAGUGGUCCUGAAGAGCAACUUCAAGCCUUCCCUGCUUGGCCAGAAGAUCGAGGUGAAGAUCCCAACUCCGCUGAACACCAGCGGAGUGCAGCUCAUUUGUUUGAAGGGGAAAGCCAAGUACAAGGCUUCGGAAAAUGCUAUUGUUUGGAAGAUAAAGCGCAUGGCCGGCAUGAAGGAGACGCAGCUGUCUGCUGAGAUCGAGCUGCUGGAGACGGACACCAAGAAGAAGUGGACCAGGCCGCCCAUCUCCAUGGGAUUCGAGGUGCCGUUCGCACCUUCUGGGUUCAAGGUCCGUUACCUGAAGGUGUUCGAGCCCAAGCUGAACUACUCCGACCACGAUGUGAUCAAAUGGGUGCGCUACAUCGGACGCUCAGGACUCUACGAGACAAGAUGCUAAACGAAUACUGGUUAUAAUGAAAUGCACGAGCUAAGUGGUUGAACGGACACAGUAAUGGCGUGUUACAUAAUAUAUUUUUUUUGUAUAUAAUUUCACAUGCAUCGAGAUAUUCCUUCAAUGAGUUCUAUUUUUUUAUUUUCACACUUAUAUGUAUGCGUAUACGUUAUCAUUAAUCGUAAUUUUAUGUAAUACAAUUUAAUUUGAAAAUUGUGGUAAAAGACAUUUAUAAUCGCAUCAUUUAAUUUUCGGUUUUAAAAGUAUUAGACAGAAGGUCUAAAGUCUCAUGUUUUAUUAUAAAGUACUAUUACUUUAUUUCUUACUGAGUUCUUUUGAAUGCAAUAGGGAUGGUGACAACAUGGUAUGAACAUUAAAAAUCUAUUUAGUCCAUCAAUUGGUAACACGUAUUUGUUUUUAUCUACCGGACAGACAUUAGAAUAAAAAUGAGUCAUCUGCCCUAUUGUGAAUUAAAACUCAAUUAUUUCUUAAGGAUUGGUCAGUGCCAGUGCAAUAAUAUACUCAAAACCUUAUGAAGAUUGUUUAUUUAUAUGUUAUAUGAAGUAUAGUAUGACACAAAUAUAAGGUGUUCUAAAAAUACUCAUAAUAUAUAAUUUAUAUUCACUAUUGUAAUUUUCAAACACAACACUACCUCCCAUUAAAGGUACGCGUCCACAGGCCCGCGUCGUACGCAUCGCACGCAUUCCGUAUGACGUCAUCAGUACGCAUAGCAUGUAGGUAUUGCUAAUGACGUCAUUAGCACGCUACGCAUCGCAUGUAUGUAUUGUUGAUGACGUCAUACGGAAUGUGUACGAUGCGUGCGAUGCGGUAAUGUGGACGCUUACCUUAAAACUGAGGCAGAUACUUUUAGAACACCUUAUAUAUUUCGAGAUGUACCCUUGUCUCCUUCUGUCUAGUAUCUCGUUUAAACAAUAAUUAUUAUUAUAUGAAUUAAUUAUAUAAAAGUUUAAUGUCUCAAAUAGGCUGCAUUUUUUUACAAUCUUUAUGUUUGUACAUUAUAUUACUAUCGUAGAAUCUCAUACUCGUAUCAUUGAUUAUUAUUCGCUUGUAAUAUUCGCCCCUACAGACAAUUUGUGUGGGGAAGAAUUUGGUUAAAAAUGUUAAAGAAAUAUUCACCAAAGGUAAAAUAGGCCGGCAAUACACUUGUAAUUUCUCUGGUGUUCUGGGUAUCUAUAAGUGACGCUGAUCACUAACUAUCAGAGGGCUUAGUACGAAUUUGUUAUACGUUUAACGAGCUGGAAAUGAGAGCGCGUUCGGCGGUCUGAUUGGUUGGUUUAUUUUAAGCGGCCAAUCAGAACGCCGAACGUGUUCUCAUUUCUUUAUCGUACAGGCUAAGGGUACAAUUGAUCUGUCCGCUCAUUCACUCCCGUGCUUUAUAAAAAACUUAAUAUAAUUUAUUAAAUAGCUGGACUAUUAAAUAAAGACCAAUAACAUAAUUGAUGUAAAAUUCUUCCCCAAACAAAUAAUUUUACUUAACCAUUCCUCAACAUUAAAACUUUCGAUCGAACAUAUAUGUAUAUUUAGUAGAUAUAAUACAAUAAUAUAUAUUCUACACUUAGAAUAUCACUAUAAUAUAAAAGGUUACGUAAUGUUAGGCUAUCAAUCUAUAGUAUUAAAUGUUAGAAUUAGAAUGAGGGAUUAUAUACAAAUAUAUGUUUAAAAUAAAUAUACAAAGUGCAAUGAAAUUCAUCCAUUGUGAUGCUUAAUCGUUUUUGAGCAAUCUUUUAUUGAGAUUAUACAAUAUAUAGGCUUAUAUAAAGAAGAAAAAAUGCUCUUUUAAUAUGUGCCUAGCCAUGACCAAUGAAUACCAUCUUUAAAACACAUACCAAUCAUAUUACUUUUUUUAAAAACAGUAGCUAAAAUCAUCAGCAUUGGAUGAACAAGAGACUGUUAGUCCUCCACUUCAAAUCUAAUAGGUCUAAUAGCUCUCCGCUACUCUGAUGUUAUUACCUAAAACCUAGCAUAUGUCUAGGUGUCUCAUCUAUGAUAUUUAAAGACACUUUUAGGCAUCCUAAAUAUCUAUUUAUACAAAUUAAGAUCAUUUUAAUAUAACUUUAUAGUAAAGUGCUAUGUUUGGUAUGUGUUUUCUCAUAUAAUUUUGUCAAUAAUCCCUCUACAUUAGCUGUUACGAAUGAAAGGCAAAAAUAUUGAAUUCAUAGUUAAUAUACUAAAGUUGGUACAUAUGUUUCGAAAUUGUUCAUGUAAACUGGCUUGCAGCGAAACUGGUGACUAUUGAAAUACAAAUUUAAAAGAAAAAAUGGUUCCAAUGAAUAUUAUGUGUUCUUUAUUAUAAAUAAAGUAUUAUUUUUAAUCUUCUAAUGAUUGUGUUGUAUGGAAUAUGAUAUUUUCAGUAUAUGUUAUAUAGGUACGUCAGUUUCGUUGCACGCCAGUGUUCUAUGCGUGCUGUUAUAGGGAAUGCUUAUUAUGUAUCGUGUUACAAAAACAAUGUACAAUAAAUAGUAAAAAAAUA